AUGACAUCAAUAUCAAUACCAUUAAUAAUACAAUCAGAGAUUAUAGAGUAUAUACUAUCACAAGAUGUAGUAAGAGUAUUUAAAAAGAAAUAUUACAACUUUUCAGAGGAAUCAUAUCAAUUGGCACGGGUAUCCAAACAUUGGUUUAAAGUAGUGUCAUCGAUGAUAUCUACUAUCUGGUCUGAUAGUAUAUGUAGUAACGAUGUAUCGAUAUUGGUUAGGAUGAUGCUCGCUCAAUCAAAUCAAUACUCUAUCAUCAAACAACUACGAUCAUUGACUUUGGGUGCCAACACUGACUAUAUCCAUAACGCAUUCUAUGAAAUUGUCGAAGGCAUCGAUAAGAAAACAAUCAAUGACAAUCACCCGUUGCCAUUGGAACACAUCACUGUUUUCCCAGAUUACCUUCAUCAAUCCCACCUGGAACAUUCUUUUAUCAAAACUCUCCAUACCACCGAACGAUUGUUCCCAAGUCUCACCAUUACAAUGCGUUUGCCACUACAUGGUAUCGAUGAAGAUGAAGAUGAAGAUGAAGAUGAAGAAGAAGAAGAAGAAGAAGAAGAAGAAGAAGAAGAUGAUGAUGAAGAAGAAGAAGAAGAAGAAGAAGAAGAAGAUUUAGCACCAGAGGAGGUAAUCUCUUUGGCUGAUAAAAUCCUAGGGGCUUUUAUAGUUGUUAAUAACAUCAAAAAGCUCAGAAUCUUUCAAAUGUCUGGUAAUAAAAGACCAGCAGACCAAGACGAGGAUUCCAACAAGUUUGGUACACAAGAUAUUUGGUUUAAUGCUAUUAGAGUACCCUACAAGACACAUCUAAAGGUGAACCUUUCGUAUGGAUUUGCCCCCGGUAUGCUAUUCGAAGUUUUUUCAAGUGAUCAUGGUGAAGAUAUCAAUGAAAUCGAGUACUUUUGGGCAGCCGAUAAAGAACCUCCUGGAAAUGUAUAUGCUCUUGAAGAUAGAAUUGGUAUGGCCGAGGGAUAUGAUGAUCCCAAUCUUGUGGAAAAUCUUUUCAAUGCAAUCAGAGAAUGCAAAAAAGUAAAAUACUUUAAUAUCUAUAGAGUGACACCAAACAACACUGAAAUAGCUAUCAAACAAAGAUAUAUGGAAGCAUUCAGAGACAAUACAGUAAUGACAACACUCAAAUUAAAUUAUGAAUUCUUUUUCACAUCGAUCAUUUCAACCAAUAUUCUAAGUCAAUCAUUAGAGAGAUUUAAAAUCAUUUUAUAUCAUCAUAAUAUUAAUUUUGAUUAUAGUGCAUUGAAUGAAUCAUUCCUUUUGAUUAUCAGUCAAAAUACACAUCCCAAUCUUAAACACCUUAAAAUUCAAUUUGUAGUAUCAUCCAACCAAGACAACAUUGACAAUCGAAAUGAAGAUGAAAAAGAAGUAUUGGAAAAGAGAAUUAAAGAUGCAAUCACUCUAAACACAACACUAGAUUAUUUUGGUUAUAAUAUUACUGAUGUUGGUGGUGAUUGUAAGCCUACAUUUAAUCGUCUAAGAUAA